CUUUGCCGUUAUUGCCUUUUUUUUUUUAAAUAAAAUGCCAAGGUAAAUUGGGACCUCAUUCAGUAGGUCCUAGAAAGCAGCUGGAAGUUUUUGAGCUCAGGAAUGAUCCAAAUUUCCUAUGGACGUUUACAGGACUUUGAGGAUGGGAUUCCAGCCAUCAAGUGUAGCAUCGCUGCAGUCAUUUGGGCCACCUGGUGAUGAGAUGGGGACCAGCCAGUCCAUGUGCUUUCCGCCUGUCUCCGGACCCCACCUUGUAGGCUGUGGGGAUGUGAUGGAGGGCCAGGGUCUCCAGGGGAGCUUCUUUCGACUCUUCUACCCCUGCCAAGAGGCAGGGGAGACCACGGAGCAACCCCUGUGGAUUCCUCGCUAUGAGUACUGCAUGGGCCUGGCUGAUUACCUGCAGUUUAAUAAGCGCUGGGUGGGGUUGCUGCUCAGCGUGGCUGUGGGAUCUUGUUGCCUGCCUGUCAGCUGGAAUGGCCCCUUUAAGACAAAGGACUCUGGGUACCCCUUGAUCAUCUUCUCCCAUGGCCUAGGAGCUUUCAGGACCCUGUAUUCAGCCUUCUGCAUGGAGCUGGCCUCCCGUGGCUUUGUGGUGGCUGUACCAGAGCACAGGGACCAGUCUGCUGCCGCUACCUACUUCUGCAAGCAGGCCCCAGGGGAGUACCAGCCCUCCGGUGAGUCACUGGAGGAGGAAUGGAUCCCUCAUCGUCGCAUUGAAGAAGGGGAGGAGGAAUUUCAUGUUCGGAAUCCCCAGGUACACCAGCGGGUAAAGGAGUGCAUGCACGUGCUGAAGAUCCUUCAGGAAGUCACUGCAGGGAGAACUGUCCUCAACAUCUUGCCUGGUGGGUUGGAUCUGAUGACCUUGAAGGGCAGCAUUGACAUGAGCCGCGUGGCUGUGAUGGGACAUUCAUUCGGAGGGGCCACUGCUAUUCUGGCUUUGGCAAAGGAGGCCCAGUUUCGGUGUGCUGUGGGCCUGGAUGCCUGGAUGUUUCCUCUGGAACAAGACUUUUACCCCAAGGCCCAGGGCCCCGUGUUCUUCAUCAAUGCUGAGAAAUUCCAGACAGCGGAGAGUGUCAACUUGAUGAAGAAGAUAUGUGCCCAGCACGAACAGUCCAGGAUCGUAACUGUCCUUGGCUCUAUUCAUCGGAGUCAAACUGACUUUGCUUUUGCGACUGGCAAUUUGCUUGGUAAAUUCUUAUCUGCUCAAACUCGUGGGACCUUGGACCCCUACCAAGGUCAGGAGAUCGUGGUGCGGGCCAUGUUGGCUUUCCUACAGAAGCACCUUGACCUGCAAGAGGACUAUGACCAGUGGAACAACUUCAUUGAAGGCAUUGGACCAUCGCUCACUCCAGGCGCCCCACACCAUCUGUCCAGUCUAUAGGCACAACUGGCUGUUUGUAAAAGAUCACAUGAGUUGAGUUUCCAUUUGGGGGCUUCCCAGGAGCACCCAGGAAGUGGUCACCUUCCCCAUUUUGUACAGAUUGAGAGGAUGUAAUCACACCGCUGAUUGGACACCGGGGUAAUCUUGGGCUUGGUGUUAACUCACAUUAACUGAUCACUGAUCACUGACUGAUUGGCAAACUGCUCUGGAGCCUGAGCCCUGAUGAUGUGAGGAACAAGCAGCGGGGUGGGGCUGGAAGUGCCCCAGGCUCCAAGCUGAGCCUGUGAAGCCUGGAGUGAAGACAACCAGGCUUGCAUCUUUAGCAGAAGUGAGAAGCCAGAGGACAGGGUGAAAAUCUUCAGGCCCCUCGCCUGGCCCGGCACUCCCUUCCUGCCCCUCAGCCUUCUUCCUCACAGGGCCAUUUGCUGAAGUGUGAGUACUUUUGGUAACUUUCUAGGAUAUGGACCAUUGUCACAUUUGCCAUUCAUUUUCACAUCUUCUCAUUUCAAGAAACACAGUGUCGGGCACUUAUUACUGAAUGACAUAAGCCAACAGGAGGCGCAUAGUAGUUUUCUCUUAACAUAGGGAGAGACACACAGGCCCAAAGAUGCUGAGCUACCUCAGAAGCUCUGGAUGCCUUUGGGGUUUUGCCAAAAGUAUAUCCUGACGAGAAACAACAUGAGUAGGUUGAGCUGAGCAGGUAGAAUAACAUCGCCGAGUAGCCAUUCAUACAGGCCCUUGCCACAAGAGGGAGGUGGUUUGGUCAGUGUAAACUCAGGAGGCCAUUCCUAAAGAGGUCUAGGAUUAGCUUGGUCUGGCCUCCGACCUCAGAUGCCCCAACCUCCAACUUAGAAUCGGGUGCUUUCAUUGUCUGUUCUUUUGCUCUGAGGGUCUCACCCCAAAUUUAAGUCAGGAUACAAAAUUUGCAUUCUGUUCCGUUUAUAAUUUAAAUGAUAUUGAUACUCAUGUUUGCCUAAUGAUAUGUUAGAAUAUUUUCUCUAUUUAAUCUGCAUUAGAGCAAGAUGGGGAAACCAUCUGGAAGUGACUUUUCCUUCUGUCUUUCUUUGUUCACUAGCCACUUUGUGUAAAAAAAAAAAUCUUUAAAAGGAAAGGAAGUCUUCCUAGAGAUGUAGUUCAAAGCUGGGUGGGAAUGUCCACCUGAGAGAUUCCGGGACACCUCAUCCUGGUCUGGGGAAGGGAACCCCAGAA